AUGUUGGCUGUUCGUCUCGUAAAUAGACGACGAAAUCGAUUACGUCCUAUCGCAGCCCUCACUUAUCCGUGCUGCCGGCCAGCUACAGGAUUAAUUCGAGCAUACAGCGAUGGAGGUCCGGUUAGAGCGACAAGUGCGACAGGUGGCUCCAAGUCUGGGCAGAAACAACUGAAGACUGAUGAGUCCGUUGCUGAGGGCCCAAAAACUGGCAAGAAAACGCGCAAACUGAGGAGCGAUGCAGGAACGUCGAGGGGGGGGAGUAAUAGUGGGAUUCCGCCGAAACCCAGGACCCCAUCAACAAAACCGAGGAAGAAGAGAAGUGAUGCCGGAAUACUUAAGGGGCCGCUUCUGAAGAAAACAUUUGAAGAUGUGUUGCAUGGAGCCCGAGCCGCGAUGCCAGAAGGCGAAGCGGAGACAGAUGCAGGAACCAGCAAGCGGAAAAGCGUCAGAAGUUUAUCACGCAUUGCGUUUGGCAAACGCGGAGACAAAGCCCGUCAGAAUAUUAUCGGCGAGGAAUUAUGUGAUGAUAUUAUACAACGACUAGCUCCGAGCCUUGAGAAGCACAAGGGGUGUGAUAUAAUUGACAUCAAUCCCGGAGUUGGCUUGUGGUCGUCUAAACUGCACGAUAUCGUGAAGCCCAGGACUCACAUCCUCAUGGAGCCCGACUCCUCGACAUAUAAGCAGCCGUACCUUGAGCCCCUAUUGAACCAAAAGGACUCCACCUACAAGCUUCUCCCCAUGUCAGGUAUCAUCUGGAACAACCUCAACAAGCUCGAACGCGACGGCCACCUUCCCCACCAAAAGCUUCUCUCCCCCGGCGACCCCUCGCUCGAAAACCCCAACACAACACUCCUCGUCACCGCCAACCUAGGGUACUGGCCGCGCCGCCCCUACAUCGGCUUCCCCUCCGUCACCACCCUGGUCGUCCACCAACUCCUCACCGCCACGCGCGCCCACUCCGUCUUCCAAGGCUACGGGCAAGUGCGCAUGCUAAUCUGGAUGCACGAUCUCGAGAAACGCAUCGUCCUCCCCCGCCUCAUCAUCAACCGGCGGAAAUCCAGCAUUGAAGCCGAGAUCUCGUGCGAAUACAUCCAUGAAGUCGCGGGGGGGGACCUGGAAACAGAAAACUACCGCCGCGAACAGGCAAUCGACAUGCUCUCCGGCCAGCGCGUCGCCCCCGCCAUGGCAGCUGCAGGCCUGCACACCCCGCCGCACCGCGAGGGGAUCCUGGAGAGGGAAGCGCGCACCUCGCAACUCGCCGCCACCACCCCCAACAUCGGCAUCCGACGCCCAUUCGAAGACGAGCUCGCGACCCUCGAGUCACGGUACGCGGCCGGGGAAUUCCCCGAUUUCUACGAUGAAGUGGAAUCCCACCACUGCGCGACGCCCGAGGUCACGCUCGACGGCACAAGGCGCCGCACAGAGGAGUUCCGACGCUUGCAAGCCCUACGAUGGCGCCUGAAAGCGGUGGGGGUCGUGAAUGAUUUGGUUGAGUCACGGCUGGAUAGCUACGAGGCGCUUGAAAACGAGUGGGCUGCCCUACGCGCGUCGAGCGAUCCGGGGCGCGAGGAGGGCAUGCAGAGGGUGGAGGAGGGGAUACGGGAGUGGCGCCGCGCGCUGGAGUCGGGGGCGCGCGCGACGGUGACGGCUGUUAUCCAGCGCCUCGAAGAGCGUCGCGGGCACCGGGCUGAGCCGGCGCUUCUGGUGUGGGAUCGCCGCGCGAUGGAGCCGCUGAUUGUCAAGCGGUCGGAAUUCGCGCCUGCGCAACCGAUGGCACUGCUGGAUUUCCAGCCUCGCAGCAUCUGGCCGAGUCUCAGGGCGGAGGGGUUGGGUUGCUACGACUACUUUGAGUUUAUGCUCGCGGCGCUGUUUAUCAUGCCGAAGCAGAGUGUGGUUGCUGGGGUGCGGGCGCUGGCGCCGGGGGCGGAGGAGUGGAUUCUGCCGCGGUGUCCGGCGUUGAGGGAUGUGGGGCGGGGGGGGGUGGUGGAUUUGGAGAUGUUGACGGUGAGGAGCUUGACGGAGGAGAUGUUGAGGGAGAUGUUUGAGGAGUUUAUGAGGUGGCCGUUUCGGCCGAGUAAGGCGGAAAUGGUGGCGAGGGGGGGGAGUCAGGAUUUGCAUGGGGAUGUGGAGGGGGAGAUGGAUAAACAUGGGGGAGGGGCGUAG